GAAAAUUUUUUUGUCGGAAGAAACAUGGAUCGUCAGGUUAAAGGAAAAAUUGUAGCAGUGACUGGUUCUGCUAAUGGCCUAGGCUUGGCUAUGGUCACCAGCUUUCUGCAACAAGGGGCGAAAUUGGCAAUUCUUCUCGAUAUGGACGAAAUCAAGGGAAACGAAGCGCUAAUGAACUUAAAACAGAAAUAUGGGGACGACAGAGUAGUUUUCUAUAAAUGUAAUGUCUUAAACGAUUUGGAAGAUGUGUAUCAAACGAUCACAAGGAACCAUAAGUAUAUCGACAUUCUCGUCAACAAUGCUGGUAUUCUCGAUGAGAAAAACAUCAAAAGAACGAUGAAUAUUAAUGCUAUCGCUGUCAUGGAAUGGACAGUAAAGUUUUACAAAAAUAUGAGUUUAGCUAAUGGCGGAAAAGGUGGUACAAUAAUCAAUGUUUCUUCGAUAUUUGGCUACCGGAUAUUUUCAUUUAUACCAUUUUACCAAGCUUCUAAGUACGCGGUACUUGGUUUCUCGAAAUCUAUAGGCCAUGAGAUGAAUUUUAAAAAAUCGGGCGUUCGCGUCGUCACACUGUGUCCCGGACUCACACAUACAAGUUUGACGGAUACUCCAAAUGUGUGGGAGGGAUGUUCUUUAGAAGAAAUGUCCCCAUAUUUAUCAAAAUUCGAAUGGCAGGAACCUCCAGCUAUCGGCGAUGGCGUGGUGGAGAUAUUUAAGAAUGCUGAUUCUGGCUCAGUUUGGCUCGUGGAGGGUUCUAGACCCGCUGAAAAGAUAGACAUUUGAAUGUUUUAUGUGUCUUGUUGUUACGCAAUUAUAAUAAGUAUUUUACAUUUUUUAACAUUGCGGUUUUUGUGCAACUUUUUACUUGUAUUAAAUAUUUGUGGUUAUUUUAUUAAAAUAACAUAAAUCUAUAAAAUAUUUUUAA